UACUAUGCUCUCCUCGCCGUCUCGCCCUCCGCAUCGCCCGCGGACAUUAAGGCAGCCUACCAUCGCGCCCUCCUAGCCUCUCAUCCCGACAAGCGCGACUCCACUGCCGCACCGAACUCUGCAGAUAUCGGGCUGCUGAAGCAGGCGUUCCAUACCCUCCAUACGCCUUCUCUGCGCCAGGAAUACGACAGGCUGAGAGCAUCGUCGGACUCACCUGGUGGACCACGCCCGGCUCAGGUCAUCUCGCUCGAGGAGUUCGAUGAGGGGGAAGACGGGGAGGCGACCAUCUGGGUGUAUCCGUGUCGGUGCGGAGGGCGGUAUGUCGCAACGGAGGAGAUGCUCGAUGCCGGACAGCAUUUGGUGGGAUGUACGAGUUGCUCGGAGGUGGUCUGGGCGGGCUAUGAGUUAGUCGACACUACGGAAAAUCCGAAAAUUAGAUGA